AUGGUAACGGAAGCGAAUCAUCAGUUAGUGGCACUAAAUCGAUGGAAACAAUCAUGGAAAGAGCAGUUACUAGCUUUUUUGCAAGCCUUGCAGACUAACAUAAACAAUGGGAUGCCAGAACAGCGAGAAGAGCCGGUUACCAUAAAACAAUUCCAGAAUCUGAAACCCACCACAUUUACUAGCGGUCCAGACCCAAUGGUAGCAGACGCUUGGGUCAAAGACAUGGAAAAGAUUUUUUGCGCCUUACCCUGCACAGAAAGACAGAAGGUUACUUUCACCACUUUUACUUUUAAAGAUAAUGUGCAGGAAUGGUGCUUUCUCACCCUGGAGAAAGAAGAAAUCGUGACUUGGGUAAGAUUCUUGGAAGUAUUUUAUGAAACAUACUUCCCAAAUUCGCUGCGGGAACAAAAGGCUUUGGAAUUCAUACAUCUAAAGCAAGCAACCAUGACGGUGGCUGAAUACGAGAGUAAGUUUACACAACUCGCUCGAUUUGUGACAUAUGUCAUCUCCAUUGAAGCUCGAAAAGCAAGGAAAUUCGAAACAGGAUUGGAUGCUAAAUCAAAGAUAGGAUUGAGCUUUUCAAACUACCAACCUAUGCGGAAGUGGUAG